AUGGCGUCGGCAGCUGGCUCAAGGCCAACUUCGUCCGCGCGCCCGGCGUCGACAACUACAACAACAGCAGCAUCAGCCUCGAGCCGAGUCAUCCGCGCUUCCACCCUCAGGCAAAGUACUCCUACCCUCCUAAGGCUGGUUCAAAAUCCGCUCAGUAGUGGCGCCACCAUACCCACUCCGCCCCCGCAGAGCGUCAGCGCCAACCAAGGCACCGCUACGAAAUGGCUUGAUGUGACGCUCAUGCACGACUUUUACUCUUCGCACAGCACGAGUGGCGCAAAGGCACGAUGCGUGAUGAACAUGUUUGUCUGCCGGCCGCGGCGUUUGGCGCAACGGGGCGGAAAGUCGGUCUUUUCCGUCAGCAUCCUGGAACGGCAUCCCUUCACCCCGCAGACGUUCAUUCCCCUGGGCGUCGGCGCGGGAGAUAGCAGUGUGCGGUAUUUGGUUAUUGUCGCUCCGACUCUCCCCUCCUCUCCUUCUCCUUCUUUUCAGGCUUCCACUGGCUCCUCCAAGCGGACUUCUCGCGACCGCCAGCCUCCCUAUCUCCCCCCGGAACCCCAGCGCAAGCGCAGUCUAAGGGAAAAGCUCUUCGGCGCUCGACCAAACCUCUACACAAAUGAUCACACGUCCAUCACGACACCAACACCGCCCGAAACCACUUCGCACAUUCCCCCGCGCCAAGGACCUGGCAUGCCCGAUCUGAACAACAUCCAGGCCUUCAUUGCCCGCGGCGAUCAAGCCGUCACCUACAACGCGGGUACCUGGCAUGCGCCCAUGGUGGUGCUGGGGGAGAAGCCGAUUGAUUUCGUGGUGGUGCAGUACGCGAACGGCGUUGCGAACGACGAUUGUCAGGAGGUGGUAAUCACCGCUUCGGAUGGCGGGGAGGGGCUUGCAGUUGAUGUGGAAGGCUGGGAUGGGGAUUUGGUCUUGAGGGCAAAGUUAUGA